CUUGCAGGAGAUGAGACAACAUGAUGUACAAGAGUUAAAUCGGAUUCUGUUCAGUGCUUUGGAAACUUCCCUUGUGGGGACCUCUGGCCAUGACCUUAUUAAUCGGUUGUACCAUGGGACUGUUGUUAACCAGAUUGUUUGUAAGGAGUGCAAGAAUGUCAGUGAGAGACAGGAGGAUUUUUUAGAUCUAACGGUGACAGUCAAGGAUGUAUCUGGCUUGGAGGAGGCCCUGUGGAACAUGUAUGUGGAAGAGGAAUAUUUUGAAAAUGAUAACUUGUACCGAUGUGAAACGUGCAACAAACUGGUUGAAGCAGCAAAGUCUGCUAAACUACGUAAGUUGCCUCCCUUUCUUACUAUCUCGCUCCUGAGGUUUAACUUUGAUUUUGAGAAGUGUGAACGAUACAAGGAAACAAGCUGCUAUACGUUCCCUAUCCGGAUUAACCUCAGGCCUUUUUGCGAGCAGACUCAUUUGGAGGAUUCGGAGUACAUGUAUGAGCUCUUCUCUGUUAUCAUACACAAAGGUGGCUGCUAUGGAGGACACUACCAUGUUUAUAUCAAAGAUGUUGAUGCAUUAGGAAAUUGGCAAUUGCAAGAGGAGGAAAGCAAACUGAUGACUGAAGAGAAGGUUCAGAAAGAUACUGAAAAUAUCAAAGAAAUGGAGAAUCCACUGACAAUCCUGAAAGGGAUCAUAUCAGAGGAAGAAUCCAAACAAAUUCCUGUGGAUCAGUUAGGGCAAAAACUAUUGGAGAAAAAAGGAAUGUCCUGGAACAAAAAAUACAGGAAACAGUAUGGACCAAUACGAAAGUAUUUGCAGAAUCAUUCUCAGAUAUUUCGACUUAGUCCUGAUAAUAAUAAGGUUAGUCUAAAGGAGAUGUACCAUCAGCUCCAGUUUGGGUCAGAUUGCCAAGGACAAGUUCUGCAAAGCCCUUCUCAGAACAGUGAUGUCCAGUGGACUUCAGAAAAUCUAUGUACAGUGCUAAAGGACAGCACCUCUGGUUCCCAUUGGUUUGACUUGAAUGAUUCAAAAGUCCAGCCCAUUAAGGAGAAGGAUAUUGAGAAACAAUUUCAGGGUAAAGAGAGUGCCUACAUGCUGUUUUAUCGAAAAUCCCAGUUGAAAAGACCAUCUGAAGCACAAGCAAAUCCAAGAUAUCGGGUUCCUGGCCAUCUCUUGAAUGAAAUGGAUGCUGCAAACAUUGAACUGCGGAAGAGAAGGAUGGAUUCUGACUCUGCAGACAAUAAUAUUGAUUUGCGCCUCCAUUUGGGCUCUCACUAUAAACUUUACAAUGGGGCCCUACACCCAUCACUUUCUUGGAAAGAAAGUGUGCUGGAUCUGACUAUUGAUAAAACAAAAACCCUAGGAGAUCUGCGACAAUCGAUAUUUCAGCUGUUGGAAUUUUGGGAAGGAGACAUGAUUCUCAGUACUGCAAAGUCUCUACCAGCAGGACUUCAUCUUUACCAAACACUUGAUGGAGAUGAGAUGACAUUGGGUGGCAUUGGACUUGCAGAUGGGGCAGAUGUCUUUGUGUGGAAUGGCAAGGAGGUUGGUGGUAUGGAGGUGUUACCAGGUCUUGACCAUGAACCCGUGCUUCUAAAUGUUCUUCGGUUGGCGGGCUAUAAUGAAGGAGGGAAAGGUCAGCAUUUCAUCGAAUCCCAGCAUGUUGUUCCAUGCAGUGCAGAACUGAGCACCCUGUGGAAAGCCUUAGCAUCGCCAGGAGGGAUCAUCUUAAUGAACAGUUCGGGAUCUGACAAAGAGGUGGAGAACUGGAAAGUCAUUCCUGAAGAGGAUAUGAAGAAGACAGUCAGAGUUGUUGGCCUGACAGAUGGAAGCUCAAUAUUAGUUUUAGAUAGCCAUGACCAAAGCUUGGUGAACAUGGCAAGUGGCAAUUUGACUGCUUUUAUGCAUGAUAUCAGCUGGCUUCAAGUUAAAAAUUUCUGCCGGUUGGAAGCGGAAGAGAAGCAAGUUAAAAUUACUGCAACCGUUGAAACAGUGAUGUCAGAUAUCAAAAUUAAGGCAAUACUGGAGCUGCAAUUAGGGGAGGAUCUAGUGGAUGAUAGCUGUCUCAGACCUAUUAACGGAAAUGGGAAGCUUCUCUCUCCAGUGCCUGAGGAUUAUACUGUCAAAGAAGCAGAGCUGAAGAUGGGAAGCCUGUUGGGACUGUGUCAUGGAAAAGCUCCAACUUCCACUCAGCUCUUCUUAUAUUUUGUUAUUGGGAGUGAUCUGCAGGGAACCCCAGAGAUGGAGAUAGUAGUGGAAGAGACUGCAUCUGUGAGAGAGUGUCUAAACUUAAUGCUGGAGAAAUCUGGGUUACCAGGUGACAACUGGCAUUUGAGAAGACUCGAUUGGUGCUAUGAAGCUGGAGAAGCAUUAAGCGAGGAAGGUGCCAGACUGAGGGAGCUUAAUAUCUGCUGUGGAGAUACUUUGGUCAUAACUGAAGGGAAACUGCCUCCCAAGGGAUUCCUGAAGGUGCCCAUCUGGUGGUACAAGCCUUUGAUACACUUUGGACAGCAAGAGAGCACGCAGGAUCAAGUGAACUGCAUGAUGGGGGCAUUGCGAGUAUCUCCAGCAGGAGAUUCCCCAGCAUAUGUCCAGUCAGAUAUCGGGCUUUGUUAUGCAGGCGAUGUGGAAAUCUCUGGAGAAGCUUUUCUGGAGGAUUUGAAAAUUCAGGCCAUGACCUUGCCAUUCUUCCAGGAGCUCAGUGUCCCAUCACCUGAGUUUCUCAGAGCCUGGACAUUGGAAAGUAAGCGCCCAGGCAAGCUUUUACGAAACAACCAGCAACAACUCAAUGAAUAUAAACUGGGAGGCAGAACAGAAAUCUGUAUAGAGCCUUUACAGAAAGAAGAGAAUCUGGGCCCCAGUGACUUGCUGCUUCGGGUGCAGAUGGGCAUACCUGGGGAGAGGGAUUACUACCACUCUGUGGAUUUGGUGUGGGAUAUCUCCAAAGAAUGCACAGCAUGGGCACUGAGGCAUAGACUUGCUGCUCACUAUUCUCUCCCUGUGGAGAAAAUCGAAAUUGCAAAAUACUUCCCAGAGAAGUUUGAGUGGAUGACAAUCUCCAGCUGGACCCAGCAAAUUUCGAAGAGGAAACGGAAGAAAAAACAGGAGAGUUUGCAGUCAGCACCCUUUCACCUGAAAGAUGGAGACAUUAUCGGUGUAAAGAAUCUCCUACUUGAGGAGGGUAAGGACUUCAGUACUGUGAGAGAUGAUAUUGGAAAGGAGACACAGAGGCAGCUUGCAAUGGAAAAAAAGAAAAGCCGACAAGCGCAGCGUUUACAGAAUGAUGUUUUGUCUGAGGGAAAGGUGACUGCUCAGCUUCGUAAACCAGAAGUGGCUCUUUCCAUCAAUGUGGGAAUCUUCAGAUAGCAUUGGACAGGUGACUUGCUGAGUGACCCUUGCCAAUGAUGUACAGAAUUAGAAUGGAGUACCUCAACUGGACCGGCAGAGGGAUGGUCUUCUCAGAAAUGUCCUCCUAACUUUCUGCUGAGACAACUGGCUAUAGGAUUCAGGACAGCUCUGGAUUUCCUGUAAUCUAUACUGGUGAAGUGCUUUAGCAUUCCUUUAUCAAUGUGGAACUUACUCUCAGGCUAGAUAAAUGCACUUUAUCAAUGAGAAAAUGGAUUACUAUAGUACAUAAUCUUUCAGUGACUAUUUUGUAAUAAUCGUAUAUGUAUUUUUAUCUGACAUUGCUAUCCUAGACCAUCACUACAAAGCUAUUUUUUCAUGCAGGCAUGUAACUUCUAAAAGGAAUUGUUUGACUCUUUUGAUUUCUGAAAUUAUUAGAUGUUAGGUUUUGUUUACAUGCCUGGUUGAGAAAUCUGAGCUUUAUAAUAGUUUAAAUCAAAAUUGGGUUCAUGCUUCCCCACUCUCUCUCUGCAGCCAUUUUGUCGAUAAAUUUUUUUUUGUGCAGCGCUAGUAUUUCCAGCCCAGCAAUAAACUGUUUGCAGCCCAACAGCAAACUAAUAGUUUUCCAUCUAAGCCCUGCAGAGGUAACUGAUUUAAACAGUGUGUGUGACAUUUCAGUACUUGCUUCCUCUGUUAUGUUAAAUCUUUCCAUUGUGCAGCAAAUCCAAACUCUACUCCUUGCCAUAUAAUGAAGCUCUCUCUGUUAAUCAGGAACAUGAGCAGAAACUGAUUUCAGCAUUUCCUUAAUCUUCGGAACAAAUACACUAAACUGGCCAAAGUAAGGAGCAAAUGUGUUCAAAGCCUAAAAGGGUCUGGAGAGCUGCAUCUGUAAAUUAGAAAUAUAUUGUCACUGUGCUGUUUUUCUUCUCUAGAUGCCUGCUCCUUUUUCAUUAUACACUAAGUUAUUAAAAAGUUUAGGAGAGAAGGAGAGCGUUUGAUGGAAUACUGAACUUUUUUUUUACUCAGGAAAAGGUUGUUUUUAUUUUAAGGUAACCAAAUUAAAUGGACCUUUGUAAUUUUGCUUGACUGACUUGAUAGCCCUCAAUAGGUUAAAAGAAAAAAAAAAAGGCAGAAAAAUGUUUCUCCUCUGGGUGUUGCACAGCUGGUUGUACAUCCCCAAUAAUAAAAGGGGUAUGUAUAACUGAACCAAAAUACAUGGUUGCUUCUAAUACCAGCUAAACACUGUGCUGUCCAAGGCUGUUAUGGAUUAUGGUAAAUAAAACAUUUACUGUAUUAUUGUAAGACUAGUUCUUGCUUGAUGAUGAGACUACAUCUUUCUACCAAUGUGUGUCGUAACUGGGAUAAUUACAAUUAAUAAAUUAAUUCUCAGUAUCUUUCUGUAAAAUAUUUUUCAGUGCUUACAAUGACUAAACUUUUUUUUUUAUAUGUUCCCUUAUAGUACAUGCAUCAUAAUUUCAUUUGCGGUCAGGUUCAGUGGUUUCUUGAGAGAGAGUAUUGGUGUUAAUAUACUGAAUUAACCAAACACUGGAGCAUACAUCAUUUGUAAUAAACUGUACUUUUUAAACCUGUAUUAGAUGAUAGGAUAUAUAUAAAUUAAAAAUAACCACAUAUCCUUAACUGAGCUACAGUUAAGUGUUCAUAUGCUUCAAGUUUGCCUUUCUCUGUUACAAGGCUGGAAAAACUAAUUAUCUGAUCAGAUACGCUACAAAACCUUGCAGUCAUGGCUGGAAAAACCCGUGUAAACUGUUGAAAGGAGGUGUUCAAACACAAUUUCUGAAAAAGAAAGUGAAAUGUUUUCAUUAUAAUUCAACUGCUGCUGCCAGAGUGACUGGAUAUAGUACCUGUAUUGAUUUAAGUACGUUACUAGAUCUUGUAUUGUUUAUUUUAUAAGUAUAGUAGUCUUAGUAGUAGAAGACUUCAUUAUGGUGACUAUUAAAACUUUGGGAGAGAAGUGGGAAGAUCCUGCUAUUAAGGUGAGCAGAAUUUUACUGUUUUGAACAGAGCUUCAGAGUGACUGAGUCCCCCGCCUUCAGGCUCUGAUUCAGCAAAACAUUUCAGCAUGUGAACAGUCCUAACUCACUGUGGCUGCAUAUGUGCUUCAAAUUAAGUAGGUGGUUGGGUCCUAUUUUGAAUUGGGGCUUUAGUCGGGAGGUAAGGGGAUAUUUUAAUCUCUAGUUAUUUGGUUCUACUCUUUAUUUGAGCCAAGUGCAGUUGAAUUAUGUAAUGCUGUAUUUAUGGAAGGAUUCUCUUGUAAGACUUGACAGAGGCCAGCAAAGUUGUCUCUCCCUCAAACUGACCUUGUUUUGCACAGCCUUUUUCCAUUUUCCAUACAUUUUGUUAAGCCACACAUUUUUCAGAAGACACUUCACAUAAUGAGUACCAAGAUUCAAAUUUGGUAAAUAAGGAAAGAAUUUGUGUGCUUGCAAGUUGUUUCAUUGCAUUACAUUUAAUUUGCUGACUUUUUUUUUUAUUAUUAUUCUGUUCCUAUAUUGGAAAGGUCUAUUAUCCCUUCUCUUUCCAUCUUCCUUUAAUAAGUGAAGCUUAUACUUUUCAAAGACUUGAAGCUCAGAGAAAUUUAGAUAUAGAUUAAGUACUUAAGUGGGUAGUGUAGUGUAAUGUAGCAGUGAUUGCACUGAACCAAUAUUGAGUUACUGUUUUUAAUGUUGGCUUGAAAGAUUUUAAGAAAAGCCCAUGGAGGAUCAGUCCACAGUGAGGAUUUUUGUUAAAGGGAAAAAUACCUUUUUUAAAUUGAGUUUAUGAUUCCACAAUUUGUCACAGUUAUGUUCCAAUGUGAGGAGAAGCUUUGCUCUUUAUUAUCCAAGUCUGCUUCAGAAACUGAACAAAGAAUUGUUUAUAUAUGUAUAUAACAAAUGUUUCACUCAUGCUUUCUUUGUAACAUAUCAUACAGUUUAGAUUGGUUACUAAUUAAUGAACAUGGAGAAGGAAUGAAUGAAUGGCUAUCCAAAAUGUCUGAAACACUGAGCUCCUAUUUUAAAAUGUGUUUUCAACAAGUAAAAUUAAAUAGCUUGGCUGAAUAGGAGGUGAGAUUCUGUGAAAAGAA